AAUUUGGGCCCUGAGAGUGAAAGAGGUGAAGUCUCUCAGCCUUGGUUUCGUACAUUUUAGCCAAGACAAACUCAAGUGCUUAGCCACUGCAGCUGCGUUUCCUAUUGCUCUCCACUAGGAAGCUGUGUCGGUCUCCUUUUAUCCCCCCUCGUAGUAACCAAACCAAACAUACAUCUAAUUUCUGCUUCGGGCUGUACAGUUGCUGGCGUUUCGGAUCUCCGACGAAACUUAAGGAAGCACUGUUUCCCCCUCGCAGAGGAUUCGCUUUCGCGCAAGAUCAACACGGGCAGACCCGGAGGAGUUGCAGAUUGGGAAAUGCGGUGGGUUCAAGCGAUCUCCUUCUGGCCGCGCUCCCGCUGAGGAAUCGGAGUACUGAGCUGUUCCUCGGGAGAUGGUGGGCUGGUCCGUAGGCACAAGCAGAAGUCUGGGACACAUCCUACACCUUGACUCUCUGCGAGAUUAACCGUUUAUCUGGGGAAACUCAUGAGUGUGGUGGAACUGUUUGUUUUUUUUAGUUAUCCAGCAAAGUUUGUCAUGUGUUUCUUGAGAGUAUGAUGACUGCAUGUAGAGACAGAUAAUGAUAGACAGGGAUUUAGACAGAAUACCCACUGAGCCGCUUUUCUAGCCCCCCCGCCCCCCCUUAAGAAGACUGUUUGGCGGAUUCACAUUGCAGGUGUGAUGGCAAUCUACACAGCACGAUAGCAAAUAAAAUAAAACCAUAAAAAAACUACUUUUAAGUAAUCAGAUCGGGGGGUGGGGGGGGAGUCACGUUUUCUCACGUGCCGUCCACGAUUCGGAAAUCGAACAUUUUUCCAAAGAGGCUCGUGAAGAUGACCAGCCUGUUCCGCCGGAGCAGCUCGAGAGGGGGCUCUGCGGGGAGCAACGACGGCGCCCCCGGCAACGGCUCCUCCGCCGCGCCGCAGGAUCUCAACAACAGCCGUCCCGCAGCCCGGCCGGUCCGCCGGCUGGAGUUCAACCAGGCCAUGGAGGACUUCAAGAUCAUGUUCCCCAGCGUGGACUCAGACGUGAUCGAGUGCGUGCUGAGGGCUAACAGCGGGGCCGUGGAGGCAACCAUCAACCAGCUGCUGCAGAUGAACAUGGACGGCUACGACGACAGUGACGACUCUGACGACAGCAUCCCGCCAGAGAUUCUGGAGCGCACGCUGGAGCCGGACAGCUCAGACGAGGAGCCUCCUCCCGUCUACUCCCCCCCUGCCUACGACAUGCACAUCUACGACAGGAAGUACCCCGAGGCCCCGCCCAUACCGCCUCCCAGGUACGGGCAGGAAGAGGCGGGGCAUGCCACGGCACUCAGUAGCUACAGUUACAUGUUUGACGCCCAGCCCCCAGCAGGUCCCAGGCCAGCCCGUCGCUACAGGGACUGGAACCCCCCCUUACUGGGCAGCCUGCCAGACGACUUCCUGAGGAUCCUGCCCCAGCAGAGGGGCAGUGUGCAGAACUCUCAGAGCAGCCAACCCCAGGUCCCGGGGGCGGGGUCUACAGUGACUGCAGCAGCGAGGGGCGGGGCUCAGGCAUCGCAGGGCGUGGCCACUGAGCAGGAGCGCAAGCUGAAACAGUACCUGGAUGACGAGAGGAUCGCGCUGUUCCUGCAGAACGAGGAGUUCAUGAGAGAGCUACAGCGCAACAGGGAGUUCCUCCUUGCCUUGGAGAAAGAUCGGCUGAAGUACGAAUCAAAGAAAUCCAAGCCCAGCCAUACCUCGGCCAGCCUGGAGAAUUCUACAGCAGGUGAUCACAGCGCCCCGGGGCCAGUUGAGACCUGCAGCACCGUGUCUGACGAUGCCAUGUUCAGAGACAAGCUCAAGCACAUGGGCAAAUCUACAAGGAAGAAACUGUUUGAAAUAGCGAGAACUUUCUCGGAGAAGACGAAGAUGAGAAAGCCCAAGAGGAAAACAUUGCUGAAGCAUCAGGCCCUGGGGACAGCGGCCUCUACAACAAACCUGCUGGAUGACGUGGAAGGAAACUCCUGUGAUGAUGAUGUGCAGGGCAGGAGAGUGCCGGCUCAUGAAGAGGAGGAGGAGGAGGAAGAGGGGCGCAGGGAGCCUCCGUCAUGAUCCCCAAGGCCAGGUCUCCUGGGUUUCUAUUGCUGUGUGGAGCCGACCUGACUGAUCUGGAGCCGGACACAUGAAGGCAGCUGGCUCACUUUCCUUCCUUUCUUCAGUGCUUUCCUGUUCUCUGCAGUUUUUUAACAAGGCACAGUUUAAUACCGGUUGGGGGGGGACAGAAAACCAGUACCUCAUACUAAAGACUGCUUCAGUGUUUUAAUAGAGCCGUUUACAUCCCUUCUAAAUGUAUACAGAACUUGAGUUGACUUCUUCUGUAUUUAAUACCAUGAUGUUGUCAUCAUUCGUUCAAGUUUCUACAAUUUACUGUUUAAAAAAAUAAUGUUGUACAGGUAUUGCAUUUUACACAACAGAGUUCCUUGCUGUGUUUUGUACGCUAGUGGCAUUCUUAGAGCAGAAUGCCUAUUCUGUUUCAAAGUUCUAUCACAGGCAUUAAUUCUGGAACACACAGUGUGGUUCACCUGGGGAAUAUUCUGAACACAGAAAAACUGCAAGUGGAGCAUCAUGAUCUGAGUGUAGGGAGAGCCCUGAAUACCCUGUGCUGUUAACAAGAAUGGGGUCCCAGGUCCCUGUGCUCUGUACUGUAGCAAUACCUGUUCACUGACCAGGUCUGCUUCGACACCUGUAAUAUCAGCAUAACACCCACCUCUGCAUGCUGUUUUUAAAAAGAGAUGGACCUACCGAUAUGUCAGUAUUAGUAUUAUCAUCAUUAUUAUUAUUAUUAUUAUUAUUAUUAUUAUUAUUAUUAUUAUUAUUAUUAUUAGAGCAGAAAUUAAUAAUGGACAAAAACUAGUGGCUGUAAAUUGCGUAGGAAAAAAAAAUGGUAUUGUGUUGAUCUUGUCCAACAUGCUUCUAAAUGAGCAGAGAUUUAUUUUUCAUUCUUGUGAUCAUGCAUGCGGUGAUGUAUAUGGAAAUCUUACAGAACGUGGUGUUUGAAUAGGAAUUGGGUGGGGAAGGGGAGUGAAGCGCAUUCUCCCACUGAAAGAGCUAAACCAUGUGUUCUCUAGGUCUUUCCUGUUCCAAUAACAGUGUCUGGUGCGCAUUUGUAAGCACGCAGUAUAGAGGGCUAAGGAAACUCUGCACAUUGUAUCAAUGUCGUGAACAUGAUCAGGUGUCGGUUUGUUUUUUGUGUGACAUACAGUAGAUUUAAAAAGGUGACUGAUAGUACUAAUUACAAUGUAUUGGUGUGAAUAAUUGGCAAGGAGCAGAAAUAGCUCUAACAAUGUUUGGUAUUGCUAUACUCCGUUCAGUUGGUCAGAACCAUGAAUUCACUGUUUUUAUAUUUUUACUGUUUCCCCGAUUUUCAGGAUGCCACAGCGGUGUUUUAAUGCUAACCUGAAUCUUUAAUUAAAAAGCAUCUACAGUGAAAAGGAUAUCCGAAUGUUUUGCAUGUUCGUUAUUCAUAUGGAAGCAUGGUCCUACACAUUUUUGUUUGUUUGUUUCAACAUUGUGUAAAUGAGCCUCCACAUCCACGUGCAGAUAGUACCAGAUCUCUCAGGGAUUUUCAACACAAAUUCCCCUUUGUCUUGCUGCUUUUCAUUACUUAACCAGGCCUGGGAAAUAAACCAGACUGGAGUUUAGAUCAAUGAAGCUCAAUCUAAAUCAAAUACAAUUUUGAGGGGGAGGAUUUGAUUGGAGAUUUUUGCUGGCCUAGGUUUGUUUUUUAAAAUGAAGUGAUCAGUCAUCAUAAGCAUCAUAAUUAACUACGUACUAUGCAGGUACGUUUAAUAGAGUGAAAUAGUAAGAAGUGAUUGUGGUUACCAUGGCAUCGAAAGCCUAGAAGUACCUCCCCCUGUUUGUUUUCAAACGCACGUUCCCCAAGGUAUGUUAAACAAACCCAAACGUUGACCCAUUUGGUUUCCAUUUUUCAUAGCCUUUUUAAUUUUCUGUUUGAAAGUAUCAAUUGCCUGUCCCUGCAGGUCCUCCAGCAGACGGAAGCCUUUUGUGUCCUCCUUCCCCUUUUGAUAUUCAGCUUCACGUAUGUAGAGGUUCUAAUAAUAUGUUUCAAUAAUUCUGUAGGUUAUUGCACUUGGAUGAGGUGUAAAGUCCUGGGCUGUGACAUACAGAAACUCAUUUCUUGGUGGUUAAUUUGCUGUGUUAUUCAGGUUGAUAUUUCUGUUUGUUUUGAUUAUUUUUUUAAUCUACAGUUUUCUUCCAGUUGUACAUACUGUACUGUAACAUCACUUAUCCAUAACCUGUGAUCCAUACAGUACAUGGAUCACGUGUGCGCUGAAGUUAUUAUCGCUUCCUAAACCACGGCGAACCCUCUUUAUACAACGCGUGAAAAACAAACGCAAGGAUUAUACUGCAAACGGGCAAAGGAGAUGUCUUUUACAAGAAUGUUCAUUAUGACAUAACAAUGCUAAUCAUGUCCUCGCAUUACAUAUUUCAUUUUAAUGUCUUAUUUCAUUCCACUACCGGUGAUUUAACAUGAUUUUUUUUUCAUAUUAAAUGUUUUGUCAAACCUGCCGUGUGUGUGUGUGUGUGUGUGUGUGCGUGUGCAUAGAAAUAUGUGUAAUAUAGUUCCAUAUAAAAACAAUUGCUUAAGUAGAGUAUUGGUAUUUUUUUAACAAUGCCUCCCCUUUUCCAUAAAGAGAGGCUCAGUGUGUAGAAGCACAAACAGAAGGAAGUCUGUCCCGAGCGUGGAUGUAGAUGAUGAUGCUGCUGCAGCAUGCCUGCUCGCAUGGACCUGCUAAUGAUCCGGGGGUAACUGGGUGAACAAAGGGGAUGCAGGACAGCGCCCCUGAGGCUUGACUCUGAUUCCUGUGUGUUUGUUCUGGUUCGGCUGUCAUUGUAACUCCAGUCGACAGCUUCAGGCUCUUUUUACAACUCUUUGAGAUAAGCUUUUGUUUUAUACGUCCAGCAGAGAUCAAAUACCUUCUGUGUUUUUAAUAGAGCUCAAAUAUUUCUCUAGUCUAGAUCUCUGGUUUGGGUUCAGUCUCAUCUAGUACAUACAUGCUACACUUCCUGUGGUGGGGCAGAAAGUUUUACCCAAUAGGUUUCUGUGGAUGAUAAAGGCUAGAUUAUAAAGCUUGUAGUGCUGGCAAGUUCUCUGUGAUUAGAAAUUCACAAUGCUGGUGUUUUGUGCUUCCUGAAUGUAGGGGGUUAGGCCAGUAGAACCGUUACUUUCUCACAGCAAGAAAGCUUAUUCCCGGCGUAUCGAUGCGAGAGCAGUGUUCUGAGUGGUGCAUAAUUCAGAUAUACGGGUGAAUGCAUACUGUAUGUAUUGGUUAUAUAUAUGUAAGACAUUUCAAAGGUAAACUUUAACUUGCCAUGUGUAUCUAGUUGAGUUCUGGAAGUCCUUGUAUAAAAAAGGGACAACGGGUUCUCCUUUUUUUAUGACAAUACUGAAAUUGAAAUAUGUGUAAACUAAAUGUUUUUAAAAGAAAUAUAUACUGAGCAUCAGAAGAUACUUCUCACUAUUGUAACACAUUUAAGGUAUAUAAAUGAUGAACAUUGAUAAAAUGUUUUUGGUUUCUUUUUAAUCCCUCGAUCAUUCAUCCUUGACCAUGACAUGCUUUAGUGACUGUGACGGAAGCAUAUGCGCUUAAUCACCUAAUUAGUGAGACCGUUGAUUGGACACUGGAUAUGGAGUGAUUUCAGCUGCUGAAUUGCAAGCUUGAAUACAAGCAAUAAAGAAAAUCACAGAAAAAAAAAACAGUAUGCCACGUCUGUCCAGAGAGCAGCGCCUUCGUGUGAUCGGCAUGUUGGAGGCUGGACUAGGGCAGCGUGCUGUGGCUCGCCGUCUUGGGUGCUCACAGCCAGCAAUUUCAGACCUGGCGAGACGGUAUAACCAGACGCACUCUGUCAAUGACAGAGCCACCAACUGGGAGACCAAGAGUCACAACACCUGCCCAAGAUCGACAGAUCAUUCUGCAGCAUCUUUGUGAUAUCAGUUGUUAAUCAGCCCAAUAAAAAGUCACUGCACCUGCUCUAAAACAGAGUUUGUCAUUUUUUGAUCACAUCUAGUGAAUUUUAUCCAAAUAUAAGAGAUACGUUUCUUUUGAUGCUCAGUAAAGAUUUUGGAAAUCCUGGAUUUUUUUUUUUCUGGUGGAAAGAUGCUCAAAAACAAGAAGAAACGAACAGCUUGGCUGUUUCUCUGACUUUGCAAGUCUCCAUGAAAUCCAUGAAGGUUUGUUUCUGUUGUACUUAAUUAGAUUUUUUUUUUUUUCUUCCACUCAAGAUGUUUAUUAGUUAUUCAUAUAAUAAAGUUGUGUUGUACCCUA